CUGAAGAGUUAACUUUUCGAUGCAGCUCAUUAUCACCAGAGUCGCACAGAGAGUUGAAAGCGAGUGAAUUAGCACGAAAGGCAAGAAGGAAGGAAACAGCAGGUCUGAAGCGUGUCGGCGCAUGCUGCAGGGACUUGUCAUGAAGUCGUGAUAAGGAGCUUUGUUCACGAUGACGUCAACACAAAGGCAGAUUGAUUUAUGUGCGAUUAUUCUGAAUCACUUUUGAUAUCAAAGUGACCUCAUCAGAUUACUUCCUCCCACGCCCUUUUCAAAUGAGCCUACUUUUCUGGAAGGUCAUGCUCAACCUUUAUCUCCGACUCAACCAUUCGUUUUUGUGUUAACUGUUUACACUCACUUCAGUUUUGUCGUCAUCAUCUCAGCUUGACAGACAUGGCGAGAUGUUCUGGCAAUAUUCAAUUAGGUGGAAGCCCAGGGACAGUUCCAGGAGGAGUGGAGAGGUUACAGAGCCGGUUUACUCUAUAGUUGAUUUACGAGUUGGAAUAUGAUCAUCCUUAAGCACCAUGGACAGUUCUUAAACACAUUGAUUCCAGGAGUGUCCCCUAUUUUCGAAGACACCCAAAACCCAUUCAUCCAGUCUGUGAACUCACCUCAGUUCUCGGUCAACAUCACGUCGCUCGUCUAUGUCUAUAGUGAAAGGAAAGUGUGGGCCUCUUUAAAUUAUCUGCUGCCCCCGCGACUUCAAACUUCUAUUGUUGGAGGAAAAUGAUUAUUUCUGGUGAUUUGUAUUUUUCAUGGGUGCUGAAAAUGACGGUUUAAAUGGCACAUGAGGGGUUGAAGGUUUUACUUUUUGAGAAGAACAUUAUUGUAAGGAUCACUUCAUGGAUGAAUGGUUGGACUUUACUGUUCGUUGUCUUCAGUCCAGGCUGUUUCCAGCCAUUUCAUUCUUUCGGUGUCAACUUCGUCUUCCAUCUUGCCAUUUGUAUUCAGUUCACUUUUUCAAACUUUCUCGUAUGAGACGCUCACGGUAUUUGUGCGCAACAGACAAAAGUGACCUACAGUAGAAAACGUCAUGAUAAAAUAAAAAAUAAAAAAAGGCAAAGUAAACAAACGCUUCAGUGCGCAGAAUGGUUACCAGACAGUUCAUUAUUAACUCUGAUAACGGUCAUGCGCGUGGUCGAACCUGAUUGCAGGCGGUGCGCAGUGAUUGGUCCAGAGGAUCUGCGUGCGCGCUCUGCGUCUAAAAACCGCCGCCAGUGCUCGGCGGCGCCAGAGUGUGUUUGUUUGCGUGUGUGUGUGGCGGGGUGCGUGACGACUGCAGCAUCUGGAGACAGAUGGAGAGACGAUGGAUCAUCUGCAUCAUCGCGAGCGCUGCCAUCGUCGUCGGCUUAGGACUCGGACUCGGACUCGGACUCGGACGGUCCGACACAUCGCUGCGGACCUCCUUCAUCAACACAUGUCAAGAGUUCAGUGGAUAUAACUGUGAGACAGCGUGGCAGGAGUUUGAGAAGGCCUAUGUGGGUAAGGACUCUUGUUCGGUCCCUCCUGAGGCCUACAGCGAUCUGAUGACUGCUGCGCCGUUCCAACCGAACUGCAACAACAUGAUGCUGUGGAGCAAAACCAAGGACAUUGUCAGUGAUAUGACGACCAGGAGGAAGUGUUUUACGCGGCUGGAGUCGACCAUGCUGGGGGCGGCGCUGGACAACAAGGUCUGGUGUGGAAAAGAGGGCAGCAAGGAGAUCUUCACAGAAAGCUGCCCGAAAUGGGACGCGUGUGUCAACAACCCCCAGCGUUCUUUUUGGACCAAAGCGUCGGCUUCGUUUGCAGAAUCAGCCUGCGGCAACGUCACAGUGAUGCUGGAUGGGUCACGAAAAGAGCCUUUCGACCCCGCAAGCGCCUUUGGAUCUGUCGAGCUGCCGAGGUUGAAAGCUCCAGCUGUCAUGUUCCUCACGGUGGUACUGGUCAUGAACUCAAAUCCAGAGUCAACAUGCAGUAGCACGUCACUCCAAACAUUAAAAAACACCCUUGAUCCUGGUGUCAGGUACGACUGCAAGGAAGUUCAGAGAUCUCGGAUCAGUCAAUGUGCCUCAGACACUUCCAUCGCCUGUGACAAGUGUUGGUGACACUCCAGGUGGUCACAGUUAGGGAAUCUCUGCCACCUCACUGGGGAGCCUUUACACCUCAAUACAGUAAUACAGUUUUAAUGAAGAGAAUAAUGUGAGUCGUUUUUAUUAAAAUGUUCUGAUUGUUCAGAAGACCUCUGUGUCGUUCAUUUGAGCUCAGACCUCCUCUGCUGCCC